AUGGCCAACUCGGACUUCCUCAGCAAAGCCAUCGAGAUCGUGCAAAAGGCCAUCGACGAAGAUGUCAAGCAGAACUACAACGAGGCCUACAAGCUCUACCAAAACAGCCUCGAUUACUUCAUGAUGGCCAUGAAAUACGAGAAAAACGAUAAGCUCAAGGAGCUCAUCCGCAAAAAGUUCACAGAGUAUCUCGCCCGCGCGGAGAAGCUCAAGGAACACAUCUCCAAGAGCAACGAGGACCGCUCCAGAAGAGCCGUCGGUGCCAACGGCGCAGACAAGGGCGUCGGAGGCAAUACCGGAGGCAAAAAGGACGGCGACGACGAUGACGAUGUCGACCCAGAGACGAAAAAGCUCCGAGCGGGCCUGUCGAGCGCCGUCCUGUCCGAGACGCCCAACGUCAAGUGGGACGAUGUCGCGGGCCUCCACACGGCAAAGGAGGCGCUCAAGGAGGCCGUGAUCUUGCCCAUCAAGUUCCCGCAGAUGUUCGUCGGCAAGCGGACGCCGUGGCGCGGCAUCCUGAUGUACGGCCCUCCCGGUACGGGCAAGUCGUUCCUGGCAAAGGCCGUCGCGACCGAGGCCAAGAGCACCUUUUUCAGCGUCAGCAGCUCUGAUCUCGUCAGCAAGUGGAUGGGAGAAUCGGAGAGGCUCGUCAAGCAGCUCUUCCAGAUGGCGCGGGAGGCCAAGCCCUCGAUCAUCUUCAUCGACGAGGUCGACUCGCUCUGCGGCACGCGAGGCGAAGGCGAGAGCGAGGCGUCGAGGCGCAUCAAGACCGAAUUUCUCGUCCAGAUGAACGGCGUCGGCCACGACGACUCGGGCGUGCUGGUCCUGGGCGCCACCAACAUUCCCUGGGCUCUGGACCUGGCCAUCAAGCGAAGGUUCGAGAAGCGCAUCUACAUCCCGCUGCCAGAUGUGGCGGCUCGCAAGAGGAUGUUUGAGCUCAACGUGGGCGACACGCCGUGCGCGUGCACCACCAAGGACUUUCAAGAGCUCGCCGAGGCGACAGACGGCUACUCUGGCUCUGAUAUCUCGGUGCUUGUGCGCGAUGCGCUGAUGCAGCCGGUGCGCAAAGUCACGGGCGCGACGCACUUCAAAAAGGUGAUGGCGCCGGCGCGGCGGAAGCUGGCGCAGGAAAAGGCCAAGAACGGCGGCGCGGAAGGGGACGACGCCAACGGCCAGGCGGACGCCACCGACGACGGCGACGAGCCGCAGGAGAUGAGGGAGUACUUGACGCCCUGCUCUGCCGGCGAUGCGGGGGCCAUGGAGAUGACGUGGGACGAGGUCGAGGGCGAGCAGCUGCUCGAGCCCAAGCUGGUCAUGACCGACUUCCUCAAGGCGAUCCAGAGCAUCCGACCGACGGUGACGAAAGCAGACAUCGAGAAGCACAUCGAGUUCACCAACGAAGCCGGCCUGGAAUGA